GUGAGUUGCAUGCAUGCCUCGUAUUCUCCGGCUCUUGUUUUCUGUUCUACAUUGAAUGGAUGUUGACCACAAGGUGUAUGUGAUCAGCUGAACAUAAUUUCUUACUACCGAGCUAAGUAUGGUGAGUACAGAGCUACUGAAAAGGAUAGCCCUGUACGGAGGUGCCCUGGCCCUGGGGAGCGCCUUCCUCAUGCGGAACCGGCUCCAGAACAGCCUGGCAGCCGGGGAGUACUACAAGAAGUCCCUGGAGGCCUUAAGUCAGGACUCUGCAGCCAUGGUAGCACUCGGGGCACCUCCUCUUAGAACCAGGCACCUUGACCUUGGCGAUACAGAAGUGAAUAAUGUGCAGCCGCACCUCGGAUACGCCAAGCUGGAUAUUCCCGUGGUCGGCGGUCGGGAGAAGGGAACGUUACGAACGUACUGCACGAGAGACGCCACCACUGGAGUAUGGACGGUUGAGAAUUUGCAACUUUUCAUAGAAAAAACUGGACAAUCACUGACAAUCAUUCCUCCUCAUAGUGAGAGGAGGUAACCACAGUGGUUGCAUUAGCUGUGAAUAGAAAAAUAUACAGGUGUACCUAUGGCAAGGAUCUUUCCUCCCAAUGAUCAUGGAUCAACAGAUUCUAUUACAAAAUGCACUAGGUACUAGUAGGUAGUUUAAUAAAUUGUGAUUAUUCUCCACAGAAAAAUAGAAUGAACUGGACUCAAAGCAUCUUGAUAUAAAGGUGUCAGAUAGUGUCAAUCAAUUCAUAUUUAUGUAUGAGCAGUGCAUAACUUAGUUUAUGUAAUAUGUUGUCAAUUCAUAGACCUGGAAUGUACAGUGAAAAUGUUGCAAAGCUUUUGUUGAUGUAAUAAAACUUCUGUUGCUA